AUGGCAUCCACUAUCGAUGUCGCCAGCCUCAAUAUCACAUUUUGUCCUGCGCCAUUUCUCAAGGACUCGGAUUUUCCAGAUACCGGCGGCUAUCUCGCAGGACGAUAUUGUGGAAAAUUGACGGGCGACUUAUCAUGUUGUCUCCCAUGUCCCGUGGAGAAAUUGGUGUAUACGGAUCGCUUCAACAGUCUGAUGCAAGCAUCACAUUGGCUCAAUAUUCCCAGUUUGGCACUGCAGUGUGUGCUGUUGAUUACUUUUAUUGUGCUUCCCAAGGAAGUUUCGCAUGGAAGUUAUCAUAAUUUUGGGUUGUGUAUUGCGAUUAUUUUGUUGCAGCUCGGCUUCCUCAUCCCCCUCGGCACCAAACCCGAUCUCUGCCACGAUACCAUCACUCCCAACGACAUGUACUCGGACAUGUCCUGCGCCUGGACCGGAGCCCUCAUCACCACGGGCGCCAUGGCCUGCGCUUCAUGGGUCAUGCUGCGCUCCUUAUACACACAUCUCAAAAUCUGCUGGGAUUUCAAACACGAGCGCAUAUUCUUCUGGGUGGCAGAAAUCUUCGGAUGGGGUUUACCUGGUUUGUUUCUGGCAUUGACGUUGCCUAUUACGGGCGUCAGUUAUCGUUUGGGACCGACGUGUGUGCCGAAUCAGAAGAAUUCGUUUGUGACGUGGUUUGGAUGGUUGAUUGCGUUUGGAUGUAUUGCGGCAUUAUUGACAAGUUCGACGACGAUUUUUUGCUUGUGGGUGUAUUUGAAAGAUUUGGGCAAGAAGAAUAAAGGAGGUGGUGGUGGCGGGAAGAGUUAUGGUGGGAAUAGUACGCAACAAGACGAUGAGAGUAUUGCGCCGAAUACGCAGUCUGGGUGGACGAGUCGGAAUAGUACGAGGAAGUUGGCGUGGUCGCGUGUCAAAGUGGUGUUGUUGGCACAGUGGAGGAGUGUGUUGCUUUCUACGCUGGUGAUUGUUAUGGUGUUGUACUAUGGUACUGUCUUUGUGAAGCAGACGAACACGGGACUGAAUGCUGUUGAUCCUGACAAACAAGCCGCAGUCACGACAUGGGCUAUUUGCAUUGUACUCAACAGUGGAGAGAAAACCAAGUGUGAACCUCUAUCGCACGUUCUAGGACUCGAUGAGAAUGCGGUAAUUGCAGCUUGGUUCAUCGCCGGUCUCGUGGGAACUUUCACUUUCCUCCUCAUGGUCCGCCACUCCAUGAUCACCGGUUGG